CUGAGACAUGCUUAAAAACUUUCAACAGAUUUAAAGAUGAACCAGAGAGACAGAACCAUUUUGACCAGCUGAGAUAGAAUGAUAGAUAGAUGCCUAUCCUAAUAACCGAACAAGACGAGGCUUACUCGAGUACCCAAUAGACCAAAUGACCAAUCCCCCAUAAGGGUUUCGAAGAGAUCUUACAACAGGUGUACGACAAGAUAUGUUUCAGAACAAGUACACAAGUGCAUGCCAACGUUUGGAGAGAGACUGAGAGGUUGCAGAGGAAGGGAAAAAGAAGAAGCAAUGCAAAAACAAAGCAAGCAGCUUAUAUAUGGCUCUGCAAAUAUCUCAGGCUUCGAAUGACACGAGAGAGAGAGAGAGAGAGGGAAAGAUAGGGCUCAGGGUCAGGGGGGUUGUGUGUAAUAAUGAACAUAGUCUGUGAAAAUUAAAUUAGCAUCAACAACUAAGCACUGGGGAGUUUGGCUUGGGCUUGGCCAUUCAAAAUGACAGAAGAAGAAAAGGCCAAUUUUGUAUAACCGUCACCACCUCCCAAGCUGACUUAUUUCUCUUUAAUUACAAUCUUUAUCAUCUUCAAAUCGUUAUUAUUUUAUCACUCGUUUUUCUCUUCCCACUUGUUCUUUGUCUUUUACUCACUUUUUCCGGCGAAGUCGCCGGGAAUACAAUGUUGUCACCGGCUCAAGUCAAUGCCCGGAGUGCCGUGGAAAACAAGCAAUAUCCUGCUCCACUCGCUACCCACGAGAUUCUUGCUCAGGAUUCUACAGUUUUCUGGGACAGUCUCAGGCGCUUCCAUUUUCUAAUGGGCACCAAGUUCAUGAUUCCUGUGAUUGGGAGGAAAGAGCUGGAUUUGCAUAUUCUGUAUGUGGAAGUUACUAAGAGGGGUGGCUAUGAAAAGGUAGUUACAGAGAAGAAAUGGAGGGAAGUAGGUGCCGUAUUUAUGUUCUCUCCUACUACAACAAGUGCUUCAUUUGUAUUAAGAAAGCACUACUUCAGUCUUCUUUACCACUAUGAACAAGUUCACUUCUUUAAGAUGCAGGGUCCUCUGAGUAUUCCCUCAGCUGCUUUUGCUGUCACCACCAGCCCUUCCAGACCUGAUUUGGCUCUAGUGGAAUAUUCCCCCAAAACCGUUAAUGAUUACCCGGAUUUACAGAUUGAUGGCCCUCCUUGUUUUUCGGCUAUUGGAACAAUUGAUGGAAAAUUUGAUUGUGGAUAUUUGGUGUCUGUGAAAUUGGGUUCAGAGACUCUUACUGGUGUACUAUAUCAUCCGGAACAGCCAGGUCCUUCCACUUCAGUUCCCCAAUCUAAUAACGAAGGUGCUAUAGUACCUUAUCUAGGCAACAGAAAAUCUCGCCAAUCUGGUCGUCGGAGGAGAAGCAGAAGAAGGGGAGACCCCAGCUACCCGAAACCCAACAGAAGUGGUUAUAACUUCUUCUUUGCUGAAAAACAUUACAAGCUCAAAUCCCUCUACCCUAAUAGAGAACGGGAGUUCACAAAAAUGAUUGGCCAGUCCUGGAACAAUCUCAGUGCGGAAGAGAGGAAGGUUUACCAGAACAUCGGAUUGAAAGACAAGGAAAGAUACAACAGAGAAUUAAAAGAGUACAAGGAAAGACUGAAGCUCAGGCAGAGUGUGGAACAGACACAGUGAUCAGUAGAGGUGGCGAAGAUCAUAGCCAGAGAAUUUGGUGUUAUCUCUAGUGUUUUAGGAAUCCAUAUGCAAAUAUAAACUGUUGUUAGGACUUGAGAUCCCAUACAUACAUGCAUUCAGCUGAAAGCAGUUUACCAGGAUGUUCUAUGGACUCUUUACUUGAAAUCGUAAUUAUAUUGAAGUUAGUCUUCUACCUUG